ACAAAAAUCGAGUGGAAAAAUGCGGCUGCUACACUUGUUAGCAGCCGUAAUUUGUUGUAUGCCAUUAGCGAUUCAAGCAUGGAAUAUUGCAUUUUUCUCUACAAAAAAGUUUUACUCAAAAUUAUUAUUUCUGAUUUUUUUUUUGAGGCGUCCGAAGAAAUUAGUUUACAUCCAAGCUCUCCAUUAGAAGCAGAUCCUACCUUACUUAGAAUCAGACGACAAGCUUAUCAAGUAUAUAAAGAUGGUGAUAUAUCUGUAACUGCUGAUAAAACUGGACGUGGAGAAACUGGGCCAUGGGGUCCUUGGUCAAUGGAACAACAGUGUUCGAGGACAUGUGGUGGUGGCGUGCAAAUUGAACGAAGAACAUGCAAUGGUGAAUGCACUGGUCCAUCAACACGGUACGUAUCUUGUAACGUUAUCCCCUGUAAUGGUAAUGUAAAGGACUUUCGUGCUACUCAGUGUGCUCAAUAUGAUGAUACACCACUAGACGGUAACUACUAUAAAUGGUUACCAUAUACAGGAAAAAAUAAAUGUGAAUUAACCUGUAAACCAGACAGUGCUAACUUUUACUACAAAUGGGCUGAUAAGGUCAUAGACGGAACAAAAUGCGAUCAUUUGCACGAUGAUAUUUGUGUUGAAGGAGUUUGUUUACCGGUUGGAUGUGAUAAAAAGCUUGGAUCAGCAAUGAAAAAUGACAAGUGUGGUGAAUGUGGUGGUGAUGGAUCAAAAUGUAAAACAGUUGAAGGAUUUUUUGAUGAACGAAAUUUAACACCUGGAUACCAUAACAUUAUAAGAUUACCUGUUGGUGCAACGUCAAUUCGUGUAGAAGAAAUGCGCCCAACAACUAAUUCACUUGCAAUUAAAAAUAUGUCUGAUCACUAUUAUCUAAAUGGUAAUUAUCAAAUUCAAUUAACGGAUAGAGAUCUGGAAAUUGCUGGCACUUUAUUUGAAUACGAUAAUCGCCGAAGUUCUGAUCAUCCAUUCGAAAAACUUGUAGCAAAGGGACCCAUACAAGAAGAAUUAAUUAUUGCUUUACUUUUCCGGCGCGGAAAUAAGGACGGUGCAAUCAAGUAUGAAUUUUCGGUACCAUUAGAACAAGACAUACCAUAUUUAUACAAACCAGGUCAAUGGUCCGCUUGUUCGGUUACUUGCGGAAAAGGAAUACAAAAGCGUGAUCCAUAUUGCAUUGAAAGCAGUUCUCAGCAGCGUGUAGCAGAUGAAAUUUGUGAAGAACACAAUGCUACAAAACCAUUCACAGAAAAAUCAUGUGAAACUACAGAUUGUGAAGCAGAAUGGUUCCAAGGAGAGUGGGAACAAUGCAGUACAACGUGUGGAAAAAGUGGUACUCAAUAUCGAGUCGUUUACUGUCAUCAAGUAUUUUCUGACGGAAAACGUAUAACUGUCGAUGAUUCUAACUGUACAACGACACGUCCAUCUGUAAAACAGUCUUGCAAUAGAUUCGCUUGCCCAGAAUGGCAAGCAGGUCCGUGGAGUGCGUGUUCUAAAAAGUGUGGUGAUGCGUAUCAGUUUCGUUCAGUAACUUGUAGAAGUGCUAAAGAAAAAGAAGAAGGCAAAUUACUAUCAGCAGAAGCAUGUGGUAAUCAGACAAGUUUGGAAAGUCAACGAAGUUGCAAUCUUGGUCCAUGUCAAGGGUUGAAUUUUUUCACAACAGAUUGGAAAUUGUGUGAAAAGUGUAACGAUACUGAAGAACAUCGUAAUGUCACGUGUAAAGAUCCCGCAGGUCGAAUAUAUCCUUUAGAAAAAUGUCUUACUGUAAAUGUAACGAAAAUUCCUGUAGACACACGGCCAUGUGCCUCACAACAACCCUGCAUUUAUGAAUGGCACACAUCGGAAUGGUCAAAAUGUAGUACAGAAUGUGGUCAUGGACAUAAUUCAAGAAGAGUUGUGUGUGCAAUACAUGAAUUAAAUGAUCUUACGAUUGUGAGUGAAGAGCACUGCAGUUCAAAAAAUAAGCCAGUAUCAAUAAAAAAUUGUACAAAUGAGGAAAAAUGCAAUGGUACUUAUUAUACAGGACCAUGGAGCAAAUGCUCUGCUGAAUGUGGAGGUGGAAAACAAACUCGAAUGAUUGUCUGCUUAAAUUACGAUAAAAAACCUGUUCCUGAAUGGUGUGAUGAAGCUGAAAAACCAGCUGAGGAACGAAACUGCAACAUAGAACCUUGUCCAACCUGCGAUGAAAGUGAAUUUGGAUGUUGUCCGGAUAAUAUUACGAUAGCAACAAGUCCUUACUUGGCGGGAUGUUCGAACUGCUCUGAUUCAAAAUUCGGUUGCUGCGCUGAUAAUAUUACGGAAGCGCAAGGAAUUAAUAAGGAAGGGUGUACGGAAUAUCUUGAAGAAAUAGAAGGCAGUGGAGAAGGUACUACAAAUGAUACUGUACAGGACCAAAUUGCCGUUAUCAGCAAAGGACAAGUUUGUGAGGUAAUAAAUAAUGAAACUGGCGAUAUUGCAUCAAUUUUAUGCAAAAAUGAUUCUACGCAAAUAUUGCUCGAGGAUGUUGAUGAGCUGCUUACAAAUGCUACCUCUGGAAAUGCUACCAAGCACUGUUCUAAGACUGAAUUCGGUUGUUGUCCAGACUGGACUACUCCAGCUGAGGGCAAAAACAACCAAGGCUGUCCACAAUUCAUUCUUGGUUCAUGCAAUGAAACGAAGUAUGGCUGCUGUCCAGAUGAAGUAACAUUAUCUCGAGGUCCAAAUUAUGAAGGUUGUGGUGAAUCGUCUUGCGCAGCAUCCUUAUACGGUUGUUGUAAAGAUCGUAAAACAAUUGCUUUUGGACCACAUUAUGAAGAUUACUGUACUUAUCAGACAUUGGAUAUUGCAAGCAAACAUUUGAGAAUUCAUAAUGUUGUAGGUUGUGAUAGAUCAUCAUUUCCUUGCGAACUUGCUACUUACGGUUGUUGUCCAGAUGGUGAAACAGCAGCUUUAGAUAAAAAUGGUUGUGGUUGUCAAUUUGCUCAAUUUGGUUGUUGUUCAGAUGGUAAAACAGCAGCUCAAGGUGUUAAUAACUAUGGUUGUCCAGAAUCAUGCGCUAGAAGAUGUCCAUGUCAGUAUACACAGUAUGGAUGUUGUCCAGAUGGUGAAACAACCGCUAUUGGUACAAAUAAUGAGGGAUGUGAUGAUUGUCGCUAUGCUAAAUAUGGUUGUUGUUUGGAUGGAGAAACUCGGGCUACCGGACCACAAUAUGCAGGAUGUCCUACAACAACUGCUGCACCUUUCUUAUUUGGUGGCACUGCUGCACCAGACAAAAUCAUUUCCUGCUCGUUACCACAAGAUCAAGGAAAUGUAUGUCACCCAGGCUACAGACUGAUGUGGUACUAUGAUCUAGCAGAAGGUCGUUGUACGCAAUUCUGGUACGGUGGUUGUGAUGGUAAUGAAAAUCGCUUUGCUAGCCAAGAAGACUGCGAAGCAAUUUGUGUUAAUCCACCUGGCACAGGUCGUUGUUACUUGUCAAAAGCAGAAGGGCCACAACGUUGUAACCAACUGUCAGCUCGUUAUUGGUACGAUUAUUCAACAAAACAAUGUGGUGCAUUUUGGUGGCGAGGUUGUUUGGGUAAUGCAAAUAAUUUUGAAAGUUGGGAAGAAUGUCAAAAGUUUUGUUCUGGUAUUGGAUCAUUCUCACAACAAGUAGAAACAUCAGAUUCCGAAUUCGAACUGGCAAAUCAAAUCGAUAACAAUAUUAUUACGAAUACAUUACCAGAAACACGGUAUAGCGGUACUUCUCAUGAAGAAAGUGAAGAAGUUGAUCAGUUUCAACCAACAGAUCAUAUUGCUUCUUCAAUUGCUGAACAAAUACUUCCAUCUUAUAUUGAACCAGAAAAACCAAAUGCACAUUGGUUAUCUGAACAUCAUCAGAUUCAUAUUCCAUCUUCAUCACAUCAACAGUUACCAUCAGCUGAACCUCUACCACAUCACCGAAUCCCAUCACCACAGAAAUCAACAAGUAUCGAGGAAAUUUGUCGGCUGAUCGCUGAUAGUGGUCCAUGUAGUAAAUAUGAAGAUAUGUUUUACUAUGACCCCUUCUCACGACAAUGUCAUCCCUUCAUUUAUGGUGGAUGUGGUGGUAAUUUGAAUAAAUUCAAGACAAUAGAUGAAUGCCAAAGACGAUGUUCACAUGUCAAACCUGGUAGUACUGCAAGCCAGUAUCAUCGAACUUCUACAACCGGCCGCAGUGAACUAACAACUCCUGUGACUAUUUCGAGGUCAUCUGGCCAAUUCGUCGGGCCAACUUCAGGUCGUUCACGAGAUGUCUGCAAUGAAAGAAUGGAUGUUGGCCAGUGUCAGGGAUCAUUUCAAAGUUAUUACUUUGAACGUGCAACUGGUACUUGUGAACCAUUCCGAUACUCCGGUUGUGGUGGUAGCGCGAAUCGGUUCCAUACCAAAGAACAAUGUGAAGAAUUAUGUGUCCAUCGUGUUACUGGACACAGAAUCGGAAGUUAUUCUUAUAGCACUUCAGAACCACCAUCAGCUCGAUACCAUUCACCAAUAACUGAUGCUUCUUACGCAGUUCAAGCAGUAUCCAAAUGUGAGCUACCAAAAGAUACUGGACCAUGUGAUCGUUUUGUCACUAAAUGGUAUUACAACAAGGAAGAUGGUACUUGUACUCGUUUCCAUUACGGUGGUUGCGGUGGUACCGACAAUCGUUUUGAUAGUGAAUACCAAUGCAAAAGUGCCUGUGGGGAUUACGCAGACCCAUGUACCUUACCAAGAGUAAACGGACCAUGUUCUGGCAAACAUCGACGAUAUUACUAUAGCGCUGAAUCAGGUCAAUGCGAACCUUUUGAUUACGGUGGAUGUCUGGGAAAUACCAAUAAUUUCUUACAAAUUGCUGAUUGUGAAGCAAAAUGUUUAUCAUCUGUUGAAAGUGAGUGA